UUGGCGUGGGGUAGAUCGCUGCGAGCGAAGCAUGAGUGAGAAACGGCCCGCGGAACCCGGGCCUAGCCCGGCCGGGAAAAAGAAAAAGAAGGAGGUGAAAGCAGAUAUGUCGCAGGCUGUCACGGAAGAGACCUUGCAAAGGCAAAUAGCCGAGGCCUGGAGUACCAGGACGCCUUUCCAUCACGAUGCUAUUGUCGUGGACAUGGACCCCUUUCCUCACUGUGUGAUCCCAAAUUUCAUCCAAAACCAAAACUUUGUUGAAGAGCUUCAGAAAGAACUUUUGAACUUAAAUUUCCAUGAAAAAUGUAAUGACUUAUACAAGUUCCAUCAGUCUGAUGAUUUGAAGAAGAGAAGAGAACCUCACAUCUGUGCUUUAAGGAAAAUUCUGUAUGAAGAUUUCCGAACCUGGAUUUCUAACAUUUCUAAAGUCAACUUGGAGUCAACCAUUGACAUGUCCUGUGCUAAAUAUGAAUUCUCAGAUAUCCUGCUCUGCCAUGAUGAUGAGCUGGAAGGGCGGCGGAUGGCCUUCAUUCUUUAUUUGGUUCCUCCCUGGAACAGGAGCUCGGGAGGCACCCUGGAUCUAUACAGUGUUGAUGAACAUGUUCAACCGAAGCAGAUUGUCAAGUCUCUUGUCCCUUCUUGGAACACAUUGGUUUUCUUUGAAGUGUCUCCAGUAUCCUUUCAUCAGGUGUCUGAGGUCCUCUGUGAAGACAAGUCUCGUUUGUCCAUAAGUGGCUGGUUUCAUGGUCCUUCAAUAACCAGGCCUCUCACCUACUUUGAGUCCCCCAUACCUCGGAGUCCUCAUAUUCCUCAAGACCAUGAAAUUUUAUAUGAAUGGAUCAACCCUACUUAUCUGGACAUGGAUUACCAAAUUCAAAUUCAAGAAGAGUUUGAAGAAAGUUCCGAAAUUCUCCUGAAGGAGUUCCUUAAGCCUGAGAAGUUUGCCAAGGUCUGUGAGGCUUUGGAGAAAGAAGGUGUGACCUGGAAUAGCCAAGGCCCCCCUAAUAAAAGGUUCUAUGACAGAGCUGAGGAGAGCAAGCUUCCCGACAUACUGAAGGAUUGCAUGAAAUUAUUCCGUUCUGAGGCACUUUUCUUGCUCCUCUCCAACUUCACUGGCCUGAGACUUCACUUCUUGGCUCCUUCUGAAGAUGAGACAGAGCACAAAAAAGAGGCAGAAGCUGCUUCUGUUGACACUGAAGAAGGUACCAGCCAUGGUUUCUCAGAGCCAGAGGUUGAUCAGGUGGUCAGCAGCAAUCCACAAAGUGGGGGACAGAGUAUCCCACAGCCCGAGGAAAACGAAACAAAGGAAGAAUCAAGUGUUCCCACAUGCCAUGGAGAAUUAAGGCGUUGGAAGACUGGUCACUACACUUUAAUCUAUGACAACAUCAAGACCGAGUUUGCCCUGGACUUACUUUUCUACUGCGGCUGUGAAGGCUGGGAGCCAGAGUAUGGGGGCUUUACUUGCUACAUUGCCAAAGGUGAAGAUGAAGAGCUGCUAACAGUGAAUCCAGAAAGCAAUUCUUUGGCAUUGGUCUACAGAGAUAGAGAAACACUUAAGUUUGUCAAGUAUAUUAACCACCGAAGCCUAGCACAAAAGAAAACCAUCCCACAUAGAACAGGUUUCUGGGACUUUUCAUUUGUCUAUUAUGAAUGACAAGAGGGUGCAGAGCGGAAAGAGGCCCUUCAUCAUUGCUGGGUCACCUGAAGAGCAUGGGAGGAAGAAGAGCAGAGCUAGAGAUGGCUAUGUGUGCAGUGGUCUCAGCCUCUCUACACCUACUGACCAACACAGGCUGAGAAUGGACCAACACUGGAGGACUCCUGUCAGUAAGACAACCAUCUUUUAAAACCAAUGGGAAAUUUCUGCAGGCCAGCAGUUGAAGCCACGGGCCUCCAACAAUGUUCUUAGAACAUUUAUGUUCUAUGUGUGUUUGUCCUUAUAGGACUCAAUCCUGAUGGUCACAAUCUGGAUCUUGCACUGGAGUUAGACGCUUACUUUUAUUAAAAGGAAAAGGUACUUGCCUUUCAUUUAGCCCACCCAGGUUCAAUCACCAGCACCCCAUAUGGUCAAUCUCCCAAGCUCCCCAGAAGUAAUUCCUGAGUGCACAGCCAAGAGUAACCCUUCAACACCGCCGGGAAUGGAGUAAAUAAAUAUGAAAAAAAAUGA